GCGACGUUUUCUUGUCGUCUUGAGAAUGAAACGCACGCAUUUUUUAGUGCGAUCUUUAGGUGGUGGCCCGUAGUUGUUACAUGUAGGGACUAGACCAUCAACAUCAACUUGAACAUGUUCUGCACCACCAAGCCGGUCUGGUUACUCUAGGACGGCGGCAUGUGUCGUAUGCUAACUGUAAGAAGCUGAUUUUUUAUGUAUGAGUUCUUACAUUGGCUUUACUUGUUUGAUCCCGCCACAAUUUUCUUGAAAUUGAAUGUCAAGAUGAAGUUUGCGUUGUGAGUUCAUCCGGGCGGAAGAGGUAUUAAGGGUCAGAGAAACUACUGUGCCCACUUCUCGUGGCUCGUCUUCCUCUUCGCGUCGCCGCAACAUUUCUGCGUGCAAGGAGCAGCGGGAUCGAGUGGAGGGAAGUACUGCAUCCUCGCAAUUUAUUAUACGGAAAAACCGAAAGUAGAGUGUCCAGCUCCAGCACGACGCGGACGCUGUUCAAGAACCACCGUGCAGCUCGUCUUGAGGCAGCUACUGGCUACUAGCAGUGCAAAAUGAGCAUGCGAGGCAAAGCAGUUUCGUCCUCCAGUGGGGCAACCUCCGGGGGGUCUCCUGGCAGCCCUAACGCCUCGGCAAGGCAACGAGGGUCGAAGGAGCUUGACGAGACCAGUACCAGCCCGACAAAUCGCGGGUCCACAAAUGGCGCAGCGCGAACAAGCAAAGAGAUCGUCGCGCCAGCAUCUUUAUCAAAUGCAGAUAUGUCUGGGUCUGGAAGAGUCAUGCUGCUUUUGCAUGACAAAGAAGGUCUGGCAUGGGAGCUCUAGCAUCACAGGUUUCGAGAAGCUUCCGCUAUGCCGAAUCCGCAUGGCAAAUGCCCCAUUUGGGUGACAGAAAGUGGGCAGCUUUUGCUGCCUGCGCAUGAGAGAUUUUUAUGCGUUGUGAAAUGCGCAUCACAACCACAAGUUUGCAUUCUUCCAGACCCAGACAUAUUUGCAUUUGAUAAUCUUCUAGCGCGGUUUCCUAUGCGGUAUCAAGCGGGACAUGAUGGAAAACAGUGGCGUUUUUAUUUGGUUUCACUUCAGUACUUUGUCGCGUUCGUCGCAACAAUAAUUUAUAACUUUCUGCCGCCCACUCAGUGUCAGUAUCAUUCAGCUUUCGAAAGUUUGCAGAGGCUCAAAAGACUUGGAUUAUAGGUAAAUCCAUCCUAGCUCCUAUGCGCUGGCGCCCCACAAGCUGCAUGUGAAAACGCUUGGUUUCACGACGUCAUGAUGUCCGUUCCAUACCCUACGACGAUAUUCUACAUGAGCCUGAACUUUGCGGUCUCGGUGCUGAUUGUAUCAAAUGUAAAAAUGUCUGGGUCUGGAAGAAUGCGCGAUUUGUCAUGCAGCUUUUCCAUGACCCAUGAAGUGUGGAAUGCAGGACCUAGCAUGACAGAUUCUGUGCGAUCUCUCUCAUGCCCAUCCUGCAUGAGAAACUCCCUCCCGACUUGGUCAAAACUGGACGACUUUUGGUAAUCACGCAACACAGAUUUUUGCAUGUUUCAGAUUUAGCAUGACAAGCUGCAUUCUUCCAGACCCAGACAUUUUUACAGUCGAUAGAUUGUGUGGGUAAACAAAUUCGCCUUCCAGCAGGGGUUCCGUAUCAAGAUGAAAUUUGUGCUGAUCCGGGAUCUUGUGAAAAAUGUGGUGAUCUUGGUGAUGCUCUUACUUAUUUUCGUCAGCAUGGUGAAGAGGUAAAGUAGAUAACAGAAGAUAAGACGGAAAGAUGACAGAGGAUAAGACGCCGCACGCACACUGGAUCAGGAUAUUGCCCAUUUGUUUCAUACGCCGAUGGAACAUUUCCCUGACGACACUACAUUUCCUGUUCACCUACAUUGGCUUGGAAAUAAGCGCCAGGUUUUCAUUUUUGGUCUUUGUUUUUUGAUAUGGGAAGAAAAGACUUUAUGCUUAGUAGCUAUGUCAUGCGUUCGAUGCGCUCCACCAAAACCAGUGCCAGCGAGCGACGACUAGUUUACUGUGGACUGAAGAACUUCUUGAUCGUCAACAGCACGUCCUCGCGCGGCGAAUUUAUUUGUUUUUCUGCAUAAGGAGAAACAAACUCUUUUUCUUUUAGGUUCUUCAACCUGUUUGAGCCCGUGAAGAUCCCGGCCCGGAAAGUCGCCCCGAUGUGCGCCGCCUUUUGCGGCUUUGUGGUGUUUAACAACCUUUCUCUGCAUAUCCUGAGUAAAAACGUACCCACACCAGAGUCAGGAUGGGGAUUUUGCAACACAAACCUAGGAGUUUUGUGAGUCACGCACGACAAGUUGCACUAUGCAGUGUAGUGCAGGUUAGCAAGUGCAGCCGCAUCGCAGAUUCAUCUGCUCAUCCUGUUGACAGCAUCACAAAUUCCAAAAAACGACUGGAAAUGGCUCUCAUGGGGAUGCGCAUUACAAGUCUUCCUGUCUUUGCAAAUCUGCAUUACAACUCUGGCGUGGGUACGUUUUUACUCAGGAUACUGCAGUACAACCCGGUCGGCGUGUACCAAUUGUUGAAAGUGUUAACCUACCAAAUGUAAAAAUGUCUGGGUCUGGAAACUUGUGAUGCUGGGCGGCGUCUCAUGAUAAGGCAACAGAUUUCGGCUCAGCAUGACAAGUUCCUGAGCUCCUAGGUGUUGCCUAUUCUGCAUGACAAACUGCGCUUCUGCAUCACAGAAAAGCGAAGUUCUUGGGUAACGUGCAUGACAGAUUUAAGAGUCAUGCCAGACAAGCAUGACAAACAUGAACUCUUCCAGGCCCAGACAUUUUUGCAUUUGAUAUAACCACACCUGUCAUCGUCGUUCUACAGAAAGCCACGCUUCCGACGAGCCAGAUGCUGGCGCUGAUCCCCACCUGCGUGGGCGUCGUACUGGCCACGGUGACGCACUUGGACGCCAACCUGCUGGGCGGCAUCUUCGGCACCCUGGGCAUACUCAGCACCUCCUUCUACCAAAUCUGGGUCAAGUCAGAACAGGUAUAGAGUAUUGCCAUCGAUGAAUGAUGUUGUGCGCUGCCCAUGAGAAAUUUAAAUUUUUGCAAGCCAGCUGCUGCUCGACCAGCAGCUGCAGGGUUACAUUUCAUCUACCGUCAGAAGAAAAAUUCGAAACCUGUCAGGACGCCCUGAAAGUGAGCGCUCCGCAGCUCCUCUACAACCAGAGCUUUUGGAGUUUCUGGGCGCUUCUUCUCUUAUCUCCUUUCGUCGAAGAGGUUUUUCAUGAUACGGGAAGGAAAAUUGACUUCUGUAGAAAAGAACUGCAGAACAAGAAAAUGAAGUACACUGACUCCACGUGGUUGUAACUAAACACGGUUUCGUUGCUCUGGGAUUUUUGCCACGACUCCCACAUGUUGCAGUUCUCAGUCUGCAUUUUUUUUCAUUGAUCUCUGCAUUCAUACAUGGAGUAAGUGGUCGUGCUAGCUUUGGAUGCUGCAGGUGCGGAGUCGGUGGCAAAACAAAGAAGCGUACCGCAACAGGACGCAAAAUAAAGUGGGUACUUCACCAAAGAAGUCAAUAGUUUUCCCCUCCAUGAGAAGCCCAGAUCCGCUCGUGGCGUGCAGCUGGGUAAGUUAGUACUUGCAAACUCGUUUUUGUUACCUGUUUCUACAACUCCAGCCUUCUCUUUGGCAUUUUUUCAUGCUGAUGUAAGCAUGCUGAUGCUGCUGAAGUCCAGAUCUAAAAUGGCUCCUGCGACGUUUCGAUCAGUUUCACAGAAAUAAUUUUUCCAUUUUCUCGUGCAGCACAUCCAUGUACUAGCUAAGAAAGUCAAAAAAAGAAGGUCCCCAUGAAACAAAUAACGACCACCAGGCCUCCUCACCCCUGACCCUAGUCGCCGUGGUCGGGUCCGCCGGCCUGGCGUUCCUCGUCAAUUUGAGCAUUUUCCUGGUCAUUGGAAAAACCGAUGCGGUUAGCUACAAUGUUCUCGGACACGCUAAAUUGUGUUGUAUUCUGAUCUCCGGGUACCUAGUUUUCGGCGAGACGGCAACCUGGAAAAAUUUGGCCGGGGUUGGACUCGCGGUUUGCGGUAUCGUCACCUACACGCAUAUAUCAAAUGUAAAAAUGUCUGGGUCUAGAAGAUUCUGAGACUUGUCAUGCAUGUUUUGCAUGACCCAGGACGUCUGUAAUGCACGCCCUAGCAUCACAGAUUUUUAGAGGGCUUCCUGAUGCCUACUCCGCAUGACAAACGUCCUCCCCGCGUAGCACAAUAUGGGUAAAACACACGGAAAAGGAAGAGGCUACGACGGUAACAGUGGAGGAAUGGAAAGGGAAAGAAGCACACAUGGCAACAAUUGAAACGAGGCAGGACCACCUAAAGACAGAAGCUAGGGCAGAAGAGCGCAAAUUCGUAGCGUAUUGCAAUAGCGCCAUAAGAGCGAUAGAGAUGGCGAAGAAGCAGCAACGCGAAGGGAGUGGAGGGGUGUGCGUGUGUUUGCUGGAUUGCGAUGAGAUGAAAGAGAAAACGCGGGGGCUCCUGCGGAAGGAGCAAGGGAUAGCGCUAGAGCUGCAGGAGGAAAUAGAAAAAGCAGAGAAACAGAGCCCGGGCUUAAUAAUAGCCAGGCGCUGGGGGAAGCAGAACGCGCCCAAAACCCUCGCAAAGAGAGAAGCACAAGGGGGCUAUACAGAAGUGAUACCCCUGAAGGUGGCAAACGUAUCGAAGCACGAUGACGAAUAUUCCGAAUGGGUGCAGUACGACUUCAGUGCAAAAAAUGUACCGACAAAACCGAUCUGGGAAUGGCCGGAAAUGUCAAAAAUAGAAAGACAAGUGCGCAUCUACCGAAAGAUAAUAAGAGAUGAGAAGAAAGAAGGGCAGAUAACGGAGAAGGGAAGUGGUGGCGGCGAGGAUGACAGAAGGAAAGGCAGCACAAGAGAGAGGAAGGGGAAGGGGGCAAGUAGCAGCGCGAAGGGAAACCCUCACCGCGGAGAAGGCCCCAAGGGGAACACUGCUCCAACAGACAUGAACAGGGAGACAGACAGCGGGUCACUAGCGGAAACAAUCAGAAAAAUGGUAGAAGGGGAAAAGAUAAGAGCACACAAAGAAGGAAGCGAAAUGCUGCAGAGGGCGCUGGACAUAAUAGGAAGGGGCACAGACCUACUAGAAACAGCUGAAGACGUUCCACAAGAAUCCCGCGCGACGUCGAGCAGCAGUACUAGGAGAGGCGUGCUGGAAGUAACAGAAGAGCGAAAUGAUUCACAAAAAGAAGAAAAGCGUGAAGAAGAAGAAGAAGCGUGCUUCUACUCGGCGCGGGAGUAUCAGGGAAGCCGUCCAGGAUACGCAUUCAAACUUGGGCGCUUCGGUAUGGGGUAUCAUAAGGAUCAAGGACCGGAGGAGGCAACGCGGGAAAUGUUCCAAAAAAUUACAAUAGGGGGGCUAGGAGGCAAACUGCCCAAGAGGGAAGCCGCGAAAGAACAGAAAACAACGAGCAAAGAAAUCGCAGAAGCUGCGACGCGACACGAUAAGAAGACGCAGCAAGUGAGCCAAGUGCCGGAGGAGGGGGAGGAAAGAAACAAAAGCGACACCAAGAGAAGCAGCCGAGCCAGGCGGAGAGGGGGGAUUUGGAGGACUGAGACAGAAAAUCGCCCAAGAUAAAAGCGAAACAGAGAUGGUGAAAGAAGUUAAAAAGGAAGAAAAAAAAUUCCCAACGCUGAAGGAGCUGAACGAGAGAGACCGGAAGCGGGACCGCGAGGAGGCAACGGAGCGGGAGGAGGAGCGCAAGCGGCAGGAGGAAAGGAGAUCUGUGAAAAGAAUGAAAUAUGAAAACCCAUUACAAGAAGAGUUAGCCAAGAUGUAUAGGGACAAGCACUGAGAAACAAUGACGAAGGAAAUAUAUUAAAAAAGAAAGAGAACAGAGAACGAAACAAAACGACGCGAAAUGGGGGCGCAGUGUUCUGGGUGUCGGCGGAGGGAAGAGGAAACAGAGGAAAGAAAAAGAAAGAGAAGAAAGAAAGUGGUCCCUUUGGUUGUCUCAGCUAGCCCGCAAGGGCUCCGCUCCCGCUAGCUGAAAAGCACGGCGCUGCUAAUCAUCUCGUCCUCGCCAGCCGGUAGGCACGGCGCUGCUAUCCUGUCGUCGUCAUUGCGUCUUUUUUACUAGCGAGUGGAAACAGGGUUGCUAAGUCAAAGACUGCGCUAAGGCAGCGCCCCCCCUUCCCCAAGGGGUCCCCCCGGGGCGGGCGCGGUGGCGGCUCUGCCAACGCGGAGCUUCAAAGUCCGACUCUACCUAUGCGUAUACAAAGGGUGCGCGGAAAUAGGUCGGUAAAGUGCUUGAAAGGGGCAUGCUUUGGGGUUGCCCGUCAUCGUGAUAGGGUCAACGUGUGUGACCAAUAGACCCCCUGUAUAUCUAGCGCGCAACCGCAGCAGCGUUCAAAGUUUGUAAGAAUAACCCAACAAGGCAACGCUGGAGCUCCACCUUGCUCGCGGGCUUGGAUGGUAAAUCAGGUCAGCCACAUCUAGCGCCCACUGGCCGUGCACGCGUAAGAAAUCGGAAACGGUUCGGCGGAUGCGGUCGGGUGGUGCCUGUAGGACGUGGAACGGGUGUCCACCUAGGGUAUUGGCAGAGGCUAGAUCUGUUCUAGCGCCACGGUAUUGGCAGAGGCUAAAUCUGUUCUAGCGCCACCCUGACAGGAGUCAAAUGUCAAAGCGAUACGAUACGCGUAGCACGAACUAGACUCCUGGCUCUUGCUGGUCAUGCAAUACAGAUUUUUUUAGAGUCCAAAGUUAGUAUCACAAGUUCCAAUCUUCCAGACCCAGACACUUUUGCAUUUGAUAGCAUCUAAAGAUAACCGCCGGGCAGAGCGCUGCGACGGCGGGGAAGAAGGGAAAGUGAAGAUCUGAGGGUUUCAUGUUUCUGAGCGGGAACAACUACCCGCAGGACCAGGAGCGAAGGUUCUCGGUAAGUACCCGGCAAAAUUUUGAAAUCAUCAUCAUGUGUCUGUGUAGCGUUUGUGUAUUAAAAGCUUAAGCGUGUAAAAAUUUGUAGAGCGUUAAUGUACCAAUACGACCUGAGCACAGCCAGGCCGCUUGCUGCAUGACCAUGAACGAAAUUGAACGUACAUCGUAUCCUGCUUCUGGGGACAGUUUGAGCUUUGCUGCGUAUGUCAAAGAAAAAUAU